ACACCCCAUUUAUGCCUUCGUAGCUCUCGCAUUUUCUCCUUUUCCCUCAUCCUCCCCACUCACGAAACCGUGCCCUUUCCACUCCCAACGGGAGGCCAUGAUAUGAGGAGCGGUGGCGAUCACCAGUCCCGACCCUCCGGCCACCGCACGGCUACUGCCGCCGCCGCCGUCCAAUCAUGGAAAGGAUGGCGGUCCCUCCCGUUUCUCCUCACCCCUCUCCUCUUUCUCCUCGUCCUCACCAUAACCUCCUCCACCAUGAACCGGAGCUCUCCUCUCAAACUCCUCCUCUUCCGCACCUCCCAACCCCUGUCAUCCUUCUCCUCCUCCGAUGAUCCUGUCGAGUCGAGGAACCGCGAGCUGGAUCGGUCGAGAAUGGCGAUUUGUCUCGUCGGAGGCGCGAGGCGGUUUGAACUCACGGGACCAUCGAUCGUGAGGAACUUGCUGAGGGAGUACCCGAAUGCCGACUUGUUCCUCCACAGCCCAUUCGAUAAGGAUGCAUAUAAGCUUUCUAUUCUGAAGUCGGCGCCGAGGAUCGCCAGCGUUCGGAUCUUCGCCCCGGUCCAGAUCCCCACGACCGAGUCUCAUACCCGGGUUCUCUCCGCCCGCAACUCCCCCAACGGCAUCCAGGGUUUGUUGCAGUAUUUCUCCCUGGUGGAAGGCUGCCUAGAGUUGAUCGAAUCCCACGAAUCUCGUGGCAACUUCACCUACGACUGGAUCGUGCGGACCCGGGUGGACGGCUACUGGUCGGGCCCGCUAGACCCGGCCGCCUUCGAGCGGGGCUCCUAUCUGGUUCCCCCCGGCUCCCAGUACGGCGGCCUCAACGACCGGCUCGGCGUCGGGGACCGGUCCACCUCGACGGUCGCCCUCUCCCGUCUCUCCCUCAUCCCCCGCCUCAACGUUGCCGGCUACCGCGAGCUCAACUCCGAGUCCGCCUUCAAAGCCCAGCUGGCCACCUCCCACGUCGUGCCGCGGGAGAUGCCGACGCCGUUCUGCGUGAUGAGCGACCGCCGGUACUCAUUCCCCCCGGAGAGGUAUGGCGUGCCGGUGGCGGCCAUAGGGAGCCGGGGCCCGCUGAGUGGGGCCAAGUGCCGGCCCUGCCUGCCGGUCUGCGUGGGCCCAUGCGUCGAGAAGGUGGCGGAGAAGCUGGACCGCUGGUGGAGCUGGACGGAGUGGAGGAAUGGGAGCCUGGAGCUCUGCGACGCAAGCGGCGGAUGGGAGAAAGGGUGGGAGAAGUUAUUCGAUGAGGUGGCCGGGAAGGAGGCGGCGGCGGAGAGGACGAGGGUGGUGAAGAUGGACAUGAAGCACUGCGUUAGGGACUUCAAGGCCAUGAGGCGAAGAACGGCCAGCUGGGCGGCGCCGCCGGCCGAGCAAAUGUGUGGUUUAGGUCUGGGCGGGUUCAACUCCACGUCGGAGAAGUUGGUCUCCACUUAGGUUUGGUAAUCUUUUUCUUUACAUGGUAUACUUUUUUUUUGUUCAUUUUUGUAUGUAUAGGAAACAAUAACGAUGCAUCCUUCAAGUCGAAAGAAUAGAAAAAAGAGCUUUCUUAUUCGUUUCUAAAUA